CGAAAAUUUAAGUCUCCACAUUUUUUCUUCACUGUUUGUAACAAGCUCUUUUCAACACAAUCGACUUGUGACAUGGCUGAAAGUAUCAGCGACUUUGUUGCUGGUUGGGUUGGAGGAGCGGCUGGUAUACUGGUCGGUAGUCCAUUGGAUGUUCUCAAGGCUCGCUUGCAAGCCCCUCGACUGAACGUACCUGGAAACACAAAUACGCCUUCACAGUCACUGACGGCAACACAAACGUUUAGAAAUUUAGUUCAAAUGGAAGGGAUCAGUUCACUCUUCAAAGGUGUACUAUCUCCUAUAGUUGGCUUGGCUGGUCUAAAUGCCAUUCUAUUUGUGUCGUAUGGAAAUAUCCUUCGGUAUCUUGAAAGAGGCAACCGGUAUAGCGCAGACCCUAAUAACUUUGGAGCACCUGUUCCGACCUUGUCCCAAGUUUUCCUCGCCGGUUGUGGAGCGGGCUUUGCAUGCUUUUUAUUGUCUGCUCCGACAGAUCUAGUAAAAAUACAAGCUCAAAUGCACAGAGGAAGUAGGUCAACUAUGCAGGUGGCGAGGGACAUUUUUCGUCGAGGUGGUAUUUCUGGUUUCUUCCAGGGUGGGAUGAUUACCAUCAUCCGUGAUGCACCGUCGUAUGGUGUUUACUUUGCAGUUUACGAAGGUCUCAAGCGAUCUUUAAAGGUCGAAAGUGGGGACGUUUCUGGAGACAAUGCUUGGAAACUCUUACUUGCAGGAGGAUUUGCUGGUACCAUAUCCUGGGGCUGCAUCUACCCACUAGAUGUUAUAAAGUCAAGAAUGCAGAUGCAAGUCAUACAACCGAGCACUCGUAUUCCAUCAGGAUCAUUAGAAGGCGGAACUCAAUCCAUUCGAUCCUAUAGCAGCACAACAUCGUCCGCACCCCUAUCCGCAUCCUCAUAUCAUACAAUCAAUACGCCCCACUAUCGAUCAACAUGGGACUGUAUAGUGCGAUCCUGGAGAGCCGAAGGCGCUGGAGUGUUCGUUCGUGGCAUGGGACCUACUGUUUUACGAGCCUUUCCAGUCAACGCCGUGACCUUUUGGAUUUAUGAAGUUGUAGCUGCAGCUAUGAACAAAGUACAAUCAUAGAUUUUUCUCAAUUAGAUGGGUAUAUAUUACAUGUAUUUGUAGAAAUUAACCUCGUUGUAUAAUACAAAAUGCAAUUAAGCUGU